AUGACAUCGAUUUCGGAUCUGCCGCCUGAGCUGCUCUCUCGCAUCUGCGAGUUCAUUCCCAGCCAGCCGAGCCUUGCGAAGCUGGUGCGAUGCUCGCACCAGCUUUACGGUGUAGCAGCACCGCAUCUCUAUCGCUCGAUCGAGCUAUCGCGGAACCCUUGGAAGGACGAGUUACGCCACCUGGAAAUCAUCACAGCUCUUCUCGUGCGGCAGCCUGAGCUGGGCAGGAGUGUUCAGCAUUUGGGAAUCCAUGAGAACAGCAGAAGCUCUAUGCAUGUGCCUAGUGCUGCGCUGGCCCCCGAGAUUGAAGAUGUUGCCCGUCAACUUUCUCAGCAAGUGGGCCUGGCUUCUGUCGAAUCCCCCGACGGCCCAGACCGUGAUUGCGAACCUAGCCCUACUGAGUCGGAUGAGCAGGUUUUUGAGAUUGGGUCGGAAUUCGAGGAGGAGUUCCUUGAGGUAGGCUCGGACGCCGACUACAGUGACUGGAGCACGACUGAGGGCAGCGAAGAGGAGGACGAAAACUCAGAGAUCGACAUUCCCACGAAUGUUGAUGGUGCUUUGAGACUCGCUCGGUCGUCACGAUCAUUCCGCGAGGCACUAACUCUAGCAAUCCUUGUCCGCAGUCUUCCUAGGCUGGCAAGCAUUGAUCUAGAACUACUGGAGCCGUUUCAACUACGCUUUAUACACUACUUUAUCCAAACAACUGUCGGUUCAAGUAUGUUGCGUCAUGUCACAUCAGCAUGCUAUGGCUCCUCGAGGCCAGAAAGACAUCUCGAGCUCUGGCGUAAUCUUUUCACGCUACCUGAACUGGAAUCAGUUUACCUGCAUCGUGUCCUUGCUAUGCGGAACAGAGAGACACUGAAACCGGCCACCGAGUUACAAGCUCACAGUCUGAACAUCACCCAUCUAGAGCUGCGCCAAUGCAGGAUUUCGCCUUUUGAGCUACGGCGUAUUUUGGCAGCGCCUAAAGCACUGAAAACUUUCAUAUACGACAUCGGAGAAAUCAUCUCCGAAUCAGAACCUAUCUUCCUCAUCAGCUAUCGAUCAGUACGGGAAGCACUGGAACAGCAGAGGGACAGCUUGGAGCAGAUUUGGAUCGAUUAUCCCCACGAUUAUGAGUUUGAUGAGUGGGGUGCUGGCAACUACACGCGUCCCAUGGGCAGUCUCUCAGGAUUCAAGAAUCUGAGACGUUUUCGCAUUGCCAGCACUUAUCUUUUCGGCUUUGUUUCCGACACAGACCCUGAUCGGCUGAGGGACUCGCUCCCUGAGCAACUCGAGAUGUUACACCUCACACACGGAGACGAGGAUGAAGAAAUAACGGUUGGCUUGCGCAAAUUGCUCGAGGCCAAACAGCAAGGACGGUUCGCAGAUCUGAAAGAACUUAGCGUCGAUGUCUCUAUACCAUGGCUGAUCCGGUACGGAAAUGCACCGCAUGCUGACCAGUCCCGGUACAACAAGGAAGUAAUGGUGUCGUUGAUCUCAAUGGCCGAAGGCGCCGGCAUCAAAAUGUCCAUCUUCAACAACGCUAGCCAGUCCCGUACGAAAGAUCUACUUCGCCGAAUACAGGCUGCCAGGGUCGGCUGGACGGGUCCAGCGCGCGGGGAGGCCAAAUGGGGUUUCGACGGCGAGUUCGAUUGGCCUAGACGGAUGAGCGGCUGCAUGCAGAAGCCGGACUACCCAGAGCUCAAGAUUGACCAGUCUGGUGCCAUACAGGCGAUACAGGUCCAGAGGCGAGAUAGCACCCCUUGA